AACUGAAAGCAUUCUUAGCUUUCUAGUGGCCCCCACUGCCUCACUGGCUGUGGAGCUCUCCAGACCAUAGAUUCCUUUUUUGCACUAGCAAAAAAAGAUGCUCUCUAAUCUGAGGAUCCUCUUCAACAAUGCAGCUCUCAGAAAGAAUCACAAUUCUGUGGUUCGAAAUUUUCGGUGUGGGAAGCCACUACAGGGUCAAGUCCAGCUGAAAGGCCGUGACCUCCUUACCCUAAAGAACUUCACAGGAGAGGAGAUUCAGUAUAUGCUGUGGCUAUCUGCAGAUCUGAAAUUCAGGAUAAAGCAAAAAGGAGAAUAUUUGCCUUUAUUGCAAGGGAAAUCCUUAGGAAUGAUUUUUGAGAAAAGAAGUACUCGAACAAGACUGUCCACAGAAACGGGCUUUGCUCUUCUUGGAGGACACCCUUGUUUUCUUACCACACAAGACAUUCAUUUGGGUGUGAAUGAAAGUCUCACAGACACAGCUCGUGUAUUAUCUAGCAUGACAGAUGUGGUGUUAGCUCGAGUGUAUAAACAGUCAGAUCUGGACAUCCUGGCUAAGGAAGCAUCCAUCCCAAUUGUCAACGGACUAUCAGACUUGUAUCAUCCUAUCCAGAUCCUGGCUGAUUACCUCACACUCCAGGAACACUAUGGCUCUCUCAAAGGUCUUACCCUCAGCUGGAUAGGGGAUGGGAACAACAUCCUGCACUCCAUAAUGAUGAGUGCUGCAAAAUUCGGGAUGCACCUUCAAGCAGCUACUCCAAAGGGUUAUGAGCCAGAUCCUAAUAUAAUCAAGCAGGCAGAGCAGUAUGCCAAGGAGAAUGGUACCAAGUUCUCAAUGACAAAUGAUCCAUUGGAAGCAGCCCGUGGAAGCAAUGUAUUAAUUACAGACACUUGGAUAAGCAUGGGACAAGAGGAGGAGAAGCAAAAGCGUCUUCAGGCUUUCCAAGGUUACCAGGUUACAAUGAAGACAGCUAAAGUUGCUGCAUCUGACUGGACAUUUUUACACUGCUUGCCUAGAAAGCCAGAAGAAGUGGAUGAUGAGGUGUUUUAUUCUCCACGGUCCUUAGUGUUCCCAGAGGCAGAAAAUAGAAAGUGGACAAUCAUGGCUGUCAUGGUAUCCCUUCUAACAGACUACUCACCUAUGCUCCAGAAGCCAAAGUUUUGAUGCUGCAUUGUGUCAAGAGAAAAAAAAAUCCUUGAAGCUCUUUAAAACAGAAUAAGUCAGUUUAUGGGGGAAAGAGAAGAAUUUAAAAUUGUAAACAAAUCCCUAGUACAUGGUAUGAGUAACAUCUGUUAUUGCUUUGCAAUUGUGAGACUUUUUUUUUUGAGAAUAACAUUUUACUUCACACAAAUACGUUGUACAACAUAGAACUUCAAGGUGCUUUAUUAUCCUGCUUGACUUGGUUUAAACAAUCUCUUUAAUUCACAACUUCUGAAUUGCAUUUGGGUCUCAUAUUAGUGUCACACAUAUUUUCUUUUUCUAAACACUAAACACUAUGCUUAUUGCAUAAUGUCUAUAUCAUUAAAUGUAACCUAUGCUUAUUGCCUUAUUAAAUGAUCAUCCGUGUUCAUUUAUAAAUAAACAUUUGCCAGUCAAAUAACA